UCCCGCCCCGGUGCGUCCUGCCCCGGUGCUUCCCGUCCCAUUCUCUGCCGAAGGUUCUGGGGUUCUGCAAGCGGCGACCGGAAGCGGCCCGAACCCAAAGGUUAUGGCAGCUGCGUGUUCUUUAAAGGCGGCGUUGCAGGUGGCGAAAGUGCUAGAAACCAUCAUGAGCUGCUGCGUGGGGCCGGAAGGGCGGCAAGUUAUGUGUACGAAGCCCACCGGCGAGGUGCUGCUCAGCCGGGAUGGAGGCCGCCUCCUGAAGGCGCUACACUUAGAGCAUCCUUUAGCCAGGAUGAUGGUGGCAUGUGUUUCCAGUCAUCUCAGAAAAACGGGAGAUGGUGCUAAAACAUUUAUUAUCUUUCUUUGCCACUUACUCAGAGGACUUCAUGCAAUCACAGACAAAGAAAAGGAUUUUUUCUUUUCUGAAAAUAUUCAAACCCAUGGAAACCAUUGGAAAAAUUGUUGUCAGUGGAAAUUCAUUUCCCAAGCUCUUCUAACAUUUCAGACACGAGUAUUAGACUAUGUUGUGGACCACUACCUGAGUAGACACUUUUUGUCCAUCUUUUCUUCAUCCACUAAAGAGAGAAGAUUGUGUAGGAACUCUUUAGAGAUGCUCUUAGAAGCAUACUUUGGUGGAAGAGUGGGAAGAAAUAAUCACAAGUUUAUUUCACAAUUGACGUGUGACUACUUUUUCAAGGGUAUGGCUUGUGAAAGUGCGUUUGAGGAAGUAUUUGAGUUAGUGGAUGACUGUUUUGUCGAGUUGAAAGUUGGUGUCACUGGCCUCCCUGUUUCAGAGUCCAGGAUCGUAGCUGGGCUUGUGCUUCACAGAGACUUUUCUGUGUACUGUCCAGCAGAUGGUGAUGUAAGAAUAGUGAUAGUAACAGAAACCCUUCAGCCUCUUUUUUCAACUUCUGGAUCAGAGUUUAUUCUAAAUUCAGAAGCACAGUUUCAGACAUCUCAAUUUUGGAUUACAGAAAGGACAAAAGCAAUAAUGAAACAUUUACAGAGUCAGGAUGUAAAAUUACUCCUAUCCAGUGUGAAACAACCAGACUUAGUAAUUUAUUAUGCAGGACUGAAUGGCAUAUCCGUGGUGGAGUGUUUAUCAUCUGAAGAAGUUUCUCUUAUCCAGAAGAUCAUUGGUCUUGCUCCCUUUGUACUACCGCAGGCCUCUUCACAACAUGAAGUCUCUAGCACUGCUUUGGUGAAAUUUUGUAAGCCCCUUAUUCUUAGAUCCAAAAGGUAUGUUCAUCUUGGCUUGAUUAGCACGUGUUCAUUUGUACCACACUGUAUAGUUCUUUGUGGACCAGUGCAGGGUCUUGUUGAACAACACAGUGAUGCUUUACAUGGAGCAUUUAAAAUGCUUCGGCAGUUAUUUAAAGACCUUGAUCUAAAUUAUAUGACUCAAGCUAGUGACCAAAAUUGUACUUCAGGUCCUCUUAUUUAUAAGAAUAGUGGAGAAAGUAAUCAGUUACCAGAAAUUGUUAAUGGUUCAAUACAAAGGCCAUAUCAGGGCACAGUUGUAAAGAACAAAGAUGAACUGGCAAAAUCUCAAACAUAUUUAAAAGUAUAUUCAAACUUGGUAGUUCCAAACAUAGAAUUAGAAACACAUACCCCAUGUUCAACACUAGAAGUGACACCAACAGAUGAAACACUGAGAUGUUUAUCUCCAAACGAAGCCAUGAUAAUUGAUGACCAUGAACCACUUAUUGAAAAUAAUUCUGCCAACUCAGCAACAAAAAACACUGGAAUAGACAUUUAUUAUGAAAAUUUGCAGGUCACAAAAAUUGCUGGAAAGGGGGGCAUGUUACCAGUGAGAUGUACGUCACUAGAAAUGAGUACUUCCCCGAGUUACUGUUUCUCAUCUAUACCAGCUGGUUGUGUUUUGCCAGUGGGUGGUAGUUUUGAGAUCUUGUUACAUUACUAUCUUCUUAACUAUGCCAAAAACUGCCAGCAAUCAGAAGAAGCCAUGGUUAGUAUGAUAAUAGCUAAUGCACUUUUAGGCAUUCCUCAAAGUUUGUAUAAGUCUAAGAAAGGAAAUUACCGCUUUCCACAAAUUUAUGUAAGAGCUCUCCGUGCGCUGCAAACCAAUCAGCCCAUAAUAAGCAGUCAGACAGGUUUGGAAUCAGUUGCUGGUAAAUACCAAUUACUAAGUUCAGUUCUUCAGUGUUUGACAAAAAUCUUAACCCUUGAUUUGGUAAUCAGUAUUAAAAGACAACCUCGGGAAAUUUCUGAUCAAGAUUCAGAAGAGGAACUAUAAAAUUGGAAGUUUUUUAUUAACUCAAGUUUUAAUCCAACUCAAGCCAUAAAGCAAAGCAGGAUGUGACCGCUGAUUCUCAAGUCAGUUCAGUCUAGUUAGGAAAACAGCGUAACGUUGAAAGUCUUUAGAAGUACACCAAGGCCAGUGGACAUUCAGACAAAAUAUUAGAGACUACAUUAUGGAACAGUUCUGAGGAGGAAGCCUUCUGCAUGAGUGAAGCCAAGAUCUGAGUAAGUGUCUCUUCCCCCUCAGUGUCCCUACAUGUUAGUCUGUGUAUUUGGGAAAGGGUGUUUCCUUGUAGGUCCUUUUUACUUUUCUGUGUCUCUUUUCACUCUUCAUCUCUUCUCCCUUGCCUUUCUAUAUUUACUUAAUAGAAUAAUUUAGUCUCAGAUUUGGGUGGAUUCGUCAAAUGCUAUCCUAUUUUAAUCGUUCAUGAUCUAAAACAUUGUUUGGUUCAAUUAAAAUAAUUUAUUUUCCCUACUCAUAAUUUCUAAAGCAAUGAGUAAAAGUCUCAUUUUUUUCUCAAACAGUAUAUAAAUUAAAUUAGUUUUUACUUUUAUUUGGCCCCUUGUUUUUUUACACUUUGUGUGGAAAAGCCUAGAUGGAUUUUUUUUCACCGUUCAUACACCAUUGAGGAUGUUACCAGAAAUGUGACUUUGUGCAUUGUGAACUUGUUUUCAUUUCUUUAGUUGAAAGUUAAUUCCAAAAAGGAUAUGAAGUUCAUGCUGUGAUUUUCUCUUUUCCUGUAGAGUUUGAAAAAAAUAAUCCAUGUAUUUGCUGGUUUUUCUAUUUGAUGCAUAGCCAGUUAAUAAUAACAAGUAAUUUGAGAAUUGCAGUCAGCCCUCCGAUCUUGUGUUCUGUAUCCACAGGUUCAACCAACCGUGGUUUGAAAAUAUUCAAGGAAAAAAAUUCCAAAAAGUUCUAAAAUGCAAAACUUUUAACUUGCGAGGUCCAGUGGCAACUAUUUACAUAGAAUUUAUAUUGUGUUAGCUAUCAUAAGUAAUCUAGAGAUGAUUUAAAGUACACAAGAUGAUGUGCGUAGGUUAUAUGCAAAUGCUAUGCCAUUUUGUUUAUAAGGGACUUGAGCAUCCACAGAGUUUGAUUUUGGCAGGGAGUUCUGGAACUAGUCUGCCUUGGAUACUGAGAGAUGACUAUAUUAAAAUAUGAAUUUUUAGUGGUUAUAUUUUAUUUGAAAGGUUUACAAAUGCAAAUAAUAGUGUGCAUCUAGCCAUGGAUAUAAGGACAGUGUCUUCUACUUUUAGUAGUUCUCUGUAACACCCAGGUCAGUAAUGUGUUCAUACCAAGUGUUAAGAAUUGCUUGUUGAAUAAAACUGUUACCUUUACUCUAUUCU